AUCGCAGUCUCCUCCUUUGCCCCCUUCCAAUGGCUUCCUCUGUUUUCUUCUUCUUUGCAAACCCUAGCUGCCCUUCAAAUGAGUUCUCUACUGAUUGUCUUGUAUGCUUUCAGAAUCUCAAAUUUUUCUUGAAUUUCGUUUCGUUUGGAUCUGGUCUGUUUGUGUAAUGCCUAUGAUGGUGUUAAAUAUACUUUGAGAGGGUUAUCUCCAUGAAAAGAAUCAAAUCUGAGGCAUUCAGGUUACACCCUUCUCUCUUUUUUACACGUUUGUUCAUUGCCAUGCACUAAUUUCUUCGAAUUCUGGGUUUUAACUUACUCCAAAAAAAGUUUUGAUUUUGAUUUUAGAUUAGUCUUCAGAGAUCUUGAUGGUUUUUUUUUUUUUAUUUUUUUUUUUAUUUUUUAUGUUCAAUUCAUGAAAUUAGUGUUGAUUAGGAACACAAUUACCCCAUUUUUUGUCUUAUUAAUCUGUGCAAGUGACGAUAAAACAGACAGGGACAUCAGAUCUCAUUGUAGUAUGAUGAUUUGUCUAAUGGGAAUCUCUCUGAUGCACAAAAAUUAUUAACUUCUAUAAAUUCAAGUAAUUUUGUCAUUCAUUCUUUUGCUGCUUUUCAAUCAUGCAAUUAGAUUCAGUUUCAUAUGUUUUUAAAUGUCAGUUGGAGCUGGUGCAUUCUGUUAUUUUUACGUUUAUUUAGGUUUGUCAAUGAUGUAUUUUAAUUGCACGUAUUAUCAGAUAUAUAAUGAUGAUUAUGUGUAAUUGUCACUACCUCUGAGACAAGCCAUUGUAUGUUGUUUUGAAUUUUACUUUUCUGAUUUUUUGUUUUAUGCAUCAUCAAUAUGACGGGGGAUUCAUGAUCCAAUCCCUAUCUUUAUCUGGGGCAAACACGUUAUGUUUGUAUAUCCCGAGUUAAACGUCACAUAUAGAUGUUCAGGGACGUUGAUGGUCCUCCCUUCGGGGAGCUCCUCCGUUGAUGAGUGGUCUCAUAUUCCAUUGCCUUGUGGAGCAGCGUCGCUGCCUUUACUUCUUGGGACUGGCCAUGAGACAUACAUGAUUUAUAAACUACUGGAUUCUUUUCCAGUUUAAAAUAUUAGCCUGUGAUGAUAACUAUUCAAAAAUACCAUCUUUCGGGACUGAAUGGCAUACUUAGCCUUGAUGUCCUUCUGCAAAUCUGAGGCUCAGUCUUUUGUUCAAAUUUUGUUUCAGACUAGUUGGUUGCUGCCUUUGUGUCUGUCGUGCACUUAACAUGAGCUGAUGUGCAUAAUUUGUGAUUCAUAUUAUUAUGAUCAUAAUCUGUCUUGGAUGGGAUAAAUAUGUUUACGUUUAAUUAUCAUGAAUUAGAUGCUAAUCACAAAUACCAUCUUUUGUUCAAAGUUUGUUUCUUUUUGGAUUUAAAGUGCUAAUCACAAGAUGCAAUAGAAUGCUCUAGAUGUAUCAUAUCUUAUUUUAUAUUUUUGGGAAUUAUUUGUUGGUUGAGAAAUGCCUGAUGAUUGUCAAAAAAAAGAACGGAAAUUUGAAUGGUGCUUGUUGUUGAAGUCUGAAUUUUGAAUUGGGCUCCAAAAGCACCUCAUGUGAUAAACUGUUCUGCAAGGAUAUGAAGGCUGUUAGGUCCACUGCAUGUUACCUGAAAUUGUGUGUAUUCUAUUUUGUCCAGUGAGAAACAGAAAGUAUAGGAGCCCUUUAUGUUAAACAUACUAUUUUCUUAACUGGAUAUUUAAAUGAUAUGAGCUGAAUUCAGUAACUUCUAUUCUCUCCUAAAUUAAAUGUAUUUUGGUUCUCCCAAUAAUUAAAAUGUAUAUAUCAUGCCUGAAACUGAGGAUUGCAGUGGUGGAGGAACGAAUAUCAAUGUAUCAAAAUGGUGUCUAUCGUAAUUGGCACAAUGUAGAUGUUAUUAUUUUUCUAUCUACAUAUCUGUGAAUCUAUCAGAAGGCUAUCUAUCUCAUGCACUAAGGAUGCCACCCAUCGUUUUGACCUUGUUAAGAUUUGUAGGGAUCUUGAUGGUUAUUAUCUCUGUAUGUGAAUAUAUGUUCACUUUAAAC